CUGUUUGGCUAGGAUUAAUAUUUUCCAUUCGAGGUUAGGAUUACUCUUAUCCGCGCUUUGCAUAUAUAAUAGCAACACAGAGAUUGAACUUCCGAAGUUUUAAUCUCCGAUUUUUUGCUUGUGAAAAUUCUUGAUCUGAGUUAGGGACGAAGGAAAGCAAGAGUUAAGCCGACAUGGCGUUGAAGUUUCUGAACAAGAAGGGAUGGCAUACAGGUAGUUUGAGAAAUAUAGAGAACGUAUGGAAGGCGGAGCAGAAGCACGAAGCUGAGCAAAAGAAGUUGGAAGAACUCCGCAAACAGAUCCAAGAAGAAAGAGAACGCUCUGAAUUUCGUGCUCUCCAAGAGCAGGCUGGUCUUGUUCCGAGGCAAGAGAGAUUAGAGUUCCUCUACGAUUCAGGACUAGCCGUUGGGAGGAGCGCCGGUGGCUCGGAAGGAGGAGGAGUCGCCUUCAAGGCUCUCGAAGAAGAAAGCGUGCCUGGCGCCAGCACCAAAAAUGACGAUAAGCAAUCGUCUGCCCCUGGAGCCUUAUUCGAGGAGAAGCCCCAUUCUGCCAAUGAUGCUUGGCGCAAGCUCCACUCUGAUCCGUUGCUUCUUAUUCGCCAGCGCGAGCAAGAGGCCCUUGCUCGCCUCAAGAACAAUCCUGUCCAGAUGGCUCUCAUUCGCAAAUCUGUUGAAGGAAAAAAAUCCAAGGAGAAGGCUCGAGACAAGAAGGAAUCUCGGAAGAAGCAUCGUCAUGGUAUUUCAAAGAAAAUUAAACAUUCCUCAUCCAAACACCAUUCAGAUUCAGAAGACGACAUGUCUGAGGAGGAUGACAGAAGAAAAUCUGGCAUUCACAAGACCUCGAGUUAUAAUAGAGAUUAUGACAAACAAAAGCUUAAUUCGGACGAUGAAUCAAGGGAAACAGAAAGCCCAAGGAAGAGUUACUGCAAGGUGAAAUACAAAGAGCGGUCACCCAGUUACCAAUUGGAACGAAAAGCCAAAGAUGAGAUUGCUGAAGGGGGUAAAAGAAGAAAAACUGCUAGUCAGAAGAGCUCAACUUACUCGAAGCAUUAUGAUAAGCAAGAACUUGAUUCAGAAGAGGAAUUGAGGGAAGCAGAGAGUUAUAGGAAGAGUUAUCACAAGGAGAAAUACAGAGAACGGUCAUCUGUUAACCAAUCAGAAUCAAGAACUGUCAAAGAUUAUGGUCAAGGUACAGGCAGGGAGAAUACUGACAAGUCAAAGUACGAAAAAUAUUCUUCUCAAGGUAGAAUGAGUUUUGAUGCUAAAGAAAAGCGGAAAGAAAAUGAAACUAUACAUCAACAUGAAUCACAACAUAGGAGACGAAGUACCGCCCCUAAACUUUCGGAAGAAGAGCGAGCUGCCAGGCUUCGCGAGAUGCAAACGGAUGCUGAUUUGCACGACGAGCAGAGAUGGAAAAGGUUGAAGAAGGCUGAUGAGGAUGAUGCAAAAGAAGCUAAAUCGGCCAGCACAGUAAAAAUGGGUGGCAGGAGCUUCUUGGAUGCCGCCCAUAGAAGUGUUUAUGGUGCUGAGAAAGGAGGUAGCUCAACAAUAGAGGAGAGUGUGCGUCGCAGAACCCAUUAUUUACAAGGUAGAAAUGAAGCAGAAAGAAAUGCUUUCAGGCGAUAAUGUGUUUCACUUCUGUUACUUGCAAUGGUAAUUUGCAGGUCGGCCGAUCCUAAGGAGGAGUAAGUUGCUCGCAGUUUUAAUCUCGGCCCCUUGUCAUCUCUAUUUAUUCGGUUACUCCGGCAGUGUUGUAUAUUUGAUGGUGUUGGUUUAGGUGGUGAUUGAUGAUUCACAGUUUUCUUAUACAUGUUUUUGAAGUUCAGUAAUCUCCUACUAUGUUUUCAGAAGUAAGUGUAAUAUUGUUCACAAGGAUACACAUUGCAGCCAACAA